CACCUGUAUUAAGUCGAAGACCAUGGACCCAAUGGUCAUCUUCUUUACCAGUGGGACCAGCGGCUGCCCCAAGAUGGCAAAACACAGCCAUGGACUCUCCCUACGCUCCUCCUUCCCUUCAAGCAGGAAAUUACUGCAGCUGAAGACGAGUGAUGUCCUCUGGUGCCUGUCAGAUCCAGGCUGGAUUAUGAAUGCCGUGGGGGCCCUGUUUGAACCAUGGACAGCAGGGUCUACAGUCUUCAUCCAUUACCUGCCCCAGUUUGAUCCUAAGAUCAUUGUACAGACACUCUCCAAAUACCCCAUCACCCAAUGCAUUACUGCACCCUCCGUGUAUCGAAUGAUUCUGCAUCAGAAUUUCACCAGGUAUGGAGAGUAGUUGGUUGUAAUAACAAUCUUUGGAUUUUAAGGAGUCUGAUUCACUGGGGUGUUGUUGUUGGUGAGAAAGAGGCUCUUCCACAGAAUUGCGAGGACAGAAUUCCAAGGAAUCACACACGGGAAAUUGUGAUGUGGCCAUGUGGUUUAUUUGUUAUGUAAUAUCAAAAAUGUUCUCCUCCUGGCUUCCCAAUGUCCCAUCUCUUU